GUCAAGGGAUUACGACACACCGAUGUCAAAAUUCAGGCAGAAUCCAAUGAAAUCUAGUUGGCAGAUUCCACCUCAGAAGGAAAAAAAAAUGCAAAGAGUAUUCAUAUUAUUUCUUUUGAUUUAGUUAGACUUAAAAUGGGGGGCGGCAGUCGAUCUUCAAGCCGAAUUAAAAAACCUGUAGUACACAUUGGCCGACUUUCCUCCGAUAUCAAAAUCCCACUCACAGAUGGGGAAAAAUCAAAAAGAGAGGGCAAAGGAGCGAAGAGAGAAGAGAUGUGAAGAUAUUUCCGAGCAGAGAAAAAUCCCUUACACUGACCAACAGAGGUGGUGGUGUUCAGAAACUAUAGCUGUAGUGACUGGGUCUAACAGAGGAAUUGGUUUUGAGAUUGCUAGACAAUUAGCUACUCAUGGUCUCCAUGUUAUUAUUACAUCAAGAGAUAUCGAUAGUGGCAAAGCUGCAGCCAAUACGUUACGACAAGAACUUGAAGGAACUAAUGUUGAUGUACAUCAGUUGGACAUUUUGGAUCCUUCAUCAGUUACGGGUUUUGCUGAAUGGAUAUACCAGUCUUAUGGUGGCAUUGAUAUUUUGGUAAACAAUGCCGGUGUCAAUUACAACCUUGGGUCAGAUAACUCUGUUGAGCAUGCUGAGAAGGUUAUAGCAACAAACUACUAUGGCACUAAAAGGAUGAUUGAGGCUAUGAUUCCUCUGAUGAAAGCUUCCACUUUUGGUGCUCGUAUUGUGAAUGUGAGCUCCCGACUUGGUAGGCUGAAUGGGAGGAGAAAUAGAUUAGGAGAUGUCGCCUUACGAGAACUGCUAACCGAUGAGAGCACUCUCACCGAGGAAGUGAUCGACAGGACCAUGGCUAAAUUUCUUGAAGAAGUGAGAAUAGGAAGUUGGACUUCUGGGUUAUGGCCUCAAAUGUACACGGACUACUCCUUGUCAAAACUUGCCGUGAAUGCUUACACACGGUUGAUGGCCAAGGCACUCUCAAACCGUCUAGAUGGUCAAAAGAUCUACAUGAAUUGCUGUUGUCCUGGCUGGGUGAAGACUGCCAUGACAGGUUGGGCAGGGAAUAGUCCAGUUGACGAUGGUGCUGACACGGGGGUCUGGCUUGCACUCUUUCCUGGCCAACCAGUCACAGGCAAGUUUUUUGCUGAAAGAAGAGAGAUAAACUACUGAAGUAUGAGUAGCCUGAGCACCUGGAUUCAAGCUUGUCGUAUACUUGCAUUAGGCUAAAAUUGAAGGGUUUUUCUUCAAUCAAACUCCCUACUUUGGGGGCAUUCAACUGCUUUUUCCUUAUGGUGGCUUUGUUUGCAGAAUUCACCGUUUCCCGGAAUUUAUAAUCUCAUGGGAUUACAAAUCCUGGGAUUCAUGUAAAUUCCUUGUGUGUUUGGUAACUCGAUUAAAAUUCUUAGGAUUUAUAGAGUUUUCUUGUAUUAAAGUCUUUGUACCGUUUGGCAUUACCCUCAAAUCUUAAAAUUGCAUA